AUGGAAUUCUUCCAAAAGGCUAAAGUGGUGCGUUUAAGAAGCCACCAUGAUAAAUACUUGUUGGCAGAUGAUGAUCAAGAAGGUGUUCACCAAGAUCGUCUUGGUUGCUGCCGACAAGCAAAGUGGACGGUGGAGAUCAUAGAACAUGCAAACUUGAUUAGAUUGAAGAGUGUUUUCGGAAAAUAUUUAACAGCUUCCAAUAUGCCGUUUUUGUUAGGUGCAAAGGGGAAGAAAGUGAUGCAAACGCUUCCCUCAAGGUUGAAUUCAUCUUUGGAAUGGGAACCUUUAAGAGAAGGUGAUCACAUUAGGCUUAGGACUCGUUAUGGUCAAUAUUUACGCGCCAAUGGAGGAUUACCGCCUUGGAGAAACUCGAUCACACAUGACAUUCCAUACCGUUCAAAAACAACUAAUUGGGUUCUAUGGGAGGUGGAUCUUGUCGAGAUUCUGCCACCACCACCUAAACAAAUAGAAAAUUCCACGCCUAUUGUUGUUGAAGACGUUGUCUGUCCUAUUGACUCUUCAUCUGAUCCUUCUUCUUCUCCUCCACAUUCUCCUCCUCAUGAUCAUUCAAAUAAUGAUAAUCCAUUCUCUUUAAUUGAUUUUAAUUCUUCCAUACCAAUCGAGAGUUUUAACUUAGAAGAUAAUGGAUCACCGAUAAAAGAAGGGAGGAUUAUAUUUUAUAACGAGGGUGAUGAAAAUGGCGAUGUUCCCGAAGGAAGCGAAGAAAAGUAUUUUACUUUCAAAGGAAGUAGUGUAAUUGAGUUAAAGGAGAAGUUGCGAGAAGAAAUAGAACGCGAUGAUUUUGUUGUAUGUUCUCGCAAUCCAUUGAAUGCAAAAGUAUAUCCACUUCGUUUGCAAUUACCUCCCAACAAUGUUGAUAUGCAUGUAAUCCUGCUUCCUUCUUCAUUUCUGGUGUCAAAAUACUACAUCGGUUUUGGAACGCGUGUGAAAAGAAAAUGA